AUGAAUGAUGAAGCACUAAAAUAUGCUGAACGUCUUGUACCUCAUUCAUACAUUGAAUUAGCUCGACAAGCACGUCGUUCUAAUGAACAAGAAAUUCGAUUAAUACUUGAACAUAAAAAAAUACCUGAACAACCAUUGGAAGAGAAUCUUAUUGAACAAUGGUUAAAUGAAAUAGCACAAAUGGAUUCAAAUAAUUUUAAAGGAAAUAUUGGUGUAGGAGAGCGCGAAGGUCGUAUUUAUUCAUCUCUUGUUGCACGACGUCAUUCUCUACUUUCACAUGGUAUUGGACGUUCCGGUGAUAUUAUUGCUACACAACCAAAAGCAGCUGGUUCAUCUUUACUUAAUAAACUUACUAAUGAACUUGUCCUUGAUGCAAUUCAUAUUCUUGGCUUACGAACAGUGACUCAUGCACUUGUUAUUCCAAUGGCAACCGGAAUGACAAUGACUUUAUGUUUAUUAACAUUGAAAAAACAACGACCAAAUUCUCGUUAUGUUCUUUGGUCACGUAUUGAUCAAAAAAGUUGUUUUAAAUCUAUUUUAACAGCAAAUUUAGAACCAAUUAUAAUUGAACAAAUAGAAAAUAAUAAUUACCUUCAAACAAACAUCGAUGAAUUUGAAAAACAAAUUCAACAAUUAAAUCCUAAUGAUAUAUGUUGUAUCAUCUCAACAACAAGUUGUUUUGCACCACGUGCAAUUGAUAAUAUUCAAAGUUUAAGUAAUUUAUGUAAAACAUAUUCAAUUCCACAUUUAAUUAAUAAUGCAUAUGGUUUACAAUCAACAAAAAUCAUUCAUGAAAUUGAACAAGUUAAACGUUCAAAUGGUCGAAUUGAUUAUAUUGUACAAAGUACAGAUAAAAAUUUUCUUGUACCUGUUGGUGGUUCAAUUGUUUUGACAUAUAAUUCUCAAUUAUUUGAUCAAUUAUCUCAUGCUUAUCCUGGUCGUGCUUCAAUAACUCCAACAACAGAUAUGUUUAUUACACUUUUAUCAAUGGGUAAAAAAGGUUUACUUGAUUUAAUUGAACAACGAAAACGAUUAUUUAAUCUAUUCUAUGAAAAACUUUCCCAAUGGGCAAAAGAUAAUAAUGAAUGUAUAAUUUCAUCCAAACAAUUUAGUCCAAUAUCAAUUGCUAUAACGCUUAAAAAUUUAUUAAAUAAAGAUGUUACUGAACUUGGUUCAAUGUUAUUUACUCGACGAAUAUCAGGUGCACGCGUUGUUAAAUUAGGUACAAAACAAACAAUUGAUAAAUAUGAAUUUAUAAAUUAUGGUGCACAUUCAUCAACUAUUCAAUAUUCUUAUUUAACUAUUGCAGCUGCUAUAGGUAUUGAAGAAAAUGAUAUAGAAAUCUUCAUGAAAAAAUUCGAUGAUGUUUAUCAAAAAUUACGACGCAAUGCAACCAGUGAUAAUUAA